AAGAAAAGAGAGGGGAGAUAGGAAAACGAGAAACAGAUGCAAUGAAAGUGGAAAUGGAAUAUGUGAGAAUAGGUCAAGCAUCCAGAAGCUCGAAAGCGAAGUUUCCUUCUCCUCUCUUUUCCUAUCUCUUCUGAAUUUUUCUUCCGCCCGCAGAAAAAGAAAAGAAAACAAGAGAGAGAGAGAGAGGCGUUGGAUAAAUGACCCAUGCAUCUCUUCCAGCGUAGCAAUCAGCAGCAGCAGCAGUAGUACCGGCAGAGCUCUCUCUCUCUCUCUCUCUCGAUCUCGAACUGCAUGCAUCUGGAUCUGUGGCACAUGCCUGCCUGACUGACUUUCUUAUCGUUUUUUCCCCUUUUCCCGAUCUAAUUUUGCUUUGGAUCGAUCAAUUUGGGGGUUUCCUUUGUUGAUUUUGUAUUCUGGAGCUUGAUUCUGUAUAUAUUUUUGAUUUCUCUUGUCGCGGUUGGUUCUGUGAGGGUGGAGAUUGGGAUCUUUGAUCUGUCGAUUUGGUUUGCCGUUGGAUUUUGUUGUGGAGGGUCUGAGAUCGAGAUCCGUGAUGGUUGUUUAUGAUGAAUUGUUGAAUUUGCAUUGCCUGAUUGGGAAUUAUUGAAGCUGAUUUGAUGCUGGAGUGGGAAAGUUUGGGGAAUUGCGUCGAUUUGUGAAGAUUGAGGAUAGAAGUGUGGGUUUGCACCGAUUUCGGUCAGUUUUCUGUCGUGGGAUUGAAUUCCUGCUCCUUGACUCUGUUUUCGUUUCUUUUUGUUUGCCCUUUGUGGAUUGAAGGCAGCUGGUGGUGGAGAUUGAUAUUUGUUGAUCUAUUAGUUUUAUCAUCUCCUCAGGCCGUAUUGGCUGUGAAUCAGAAUUCAGAAAAGCCAGACAGGAAGCUUAGGAAAGAAGACUUUCGUCAGUUUGAGCUUCAUUUUCCAAUUUGGGUAUGUGAAUGAAAGUGCGUGGAAUUCCACUUUCUCUUCACAAAUAAAUAUAGGAACCCAAGAAUUGGAUUGGAUUCUUUAAGAUCUUGCAUUUUGACGUGCUGUUGACAGUUGCUAAAUUGCGAAGAUUUCCAUUUCCACUCCAAUUGUCGGCUAGGGUGUGUAGAUAUUUGGGCAGUGUGAGGAGAGGAGAAGGUGUUCUUUUCCUUGUGUUCAGACGGAUUCAUCUACUGGAAACAGGGGAUUUAACUGUACAGCUGGUCUGGAGUGUUUACUAAGUAUCAUCAGGGCCCUCAGGAUGGGGUCCUGCCUAUCGGUGGAUGGGAGAAGUUCUCUCCCGCAUUCUACAUCAUCUGCUUCGGGGGUCGGGAAGCAGAGGAGGAAAUCGAGGAAAAAGCAAGGGAUGAGAAACUCCUCGUUUGUUUCCAAGGCAGAAGAAGACCAGCUGCACAGGGUCCCUGGUAGAAUGUUCUUGAAUGGGGCUAGUGGGGUCGCUUCCAUGUUCACCCAACAAGGAAGGAAAGGGACCAACCAGGAUGCCAUGAUCGUUUGGGAGAAUUUUGGUUCAAGAACAGAUACAGUUUUCUGUGGGGUUUUUGAUGGCCAUGGUCCCUAUGGUCAUUUUGUUGCGAGGAGAGUGAGGGAUUCUCUUCCCCUGAAGCUCAGUGCACAUUGGGAAGUAAACAUAGGUGGCGAUGACGGGUUGAGGGAGAACAACAGCAGUGCAGCAGGAAGUAUGAACUCUGAAGAAACUACCUCUUUAUUCAUGGAUGACGAACUGAGGGCUUCCGUGGAUCUUGAAGAGAAAGAGAAACAUCCAGAGAUCUUUCUGACACUUAAAGAGUCUUUUAUGAAGGCUUUCAAAGUUAUGGAUAAGGAGCUGAGGCUUCAUCCGAGCAUAGAUUGCUUCUGCAGUGGAACAACAGCGGUGACCUUGGUCAAGCAGGGUCAGGACCUUAUAAUUGGAAACAUUGGUGACUCAAGAGCCAUACUGGGUACAAGAGAUCAAGAUGACUCUCUGGUUGCAGUUCAGUUGACUGUGGACCUCAAGCCAAAUCUUCCAAUUUUUCUCACAGGGGAGGCAGAGAGGAUCAGGCAAUGCAGAGGGCGGGUGUUUGCCCUUCAGGAUGAGCCAGAGGUAGCUCGAGUUUGGCUCCCUAACAAUGAUUCCCCAGGCCUGGCAAUGGCGAGGGCUUUUGGUGACUUCUGCCUCAAGGAUUUUGGUUUAAUUUCUGUACCAGAAAUUUCCUAUCGCCGCCUCACGGAAAAGGAUGAAUUCAUCGUGUUGGCCACUGAUGGGAUUUGGGACGUCCUCUCCAACAAAGAAGUGGUGGACAUAGUGGCUUCUGCCCCGGCUAGGUCCUCUGCAGCUCGAGCCCUGGUUGAGUCAGCGGUCCGAGCCUGGAGGUUCAAAUACCCAACUUCCAAGGUUGAUGACUGUGCCGUUGUCUGCCUCUUUCUUGACUCCAACCCAGACACCGGCAAUUCCAAGAGGUCUGUCGAAGGAUUGGAUAUGGCCAACGAAAAGCAAGAAGAUCCAUUGGAAUGGUCAGCCACCGUCCGGACCUGUAAUGAGAUCGUUCCGGAGGAGGGUGGGGAAGCAUCGAAGCUGUUGGGCCCCACUGGGGGAGCAGCAGAUGAGUGGUUGGCGCUGGAGGGGGUCUCUCGUGUGAACACAUUGUUGACCCUCCCAAGGUUUGUAGCUGGUGGAGACCAGAAGAGGCCUGAAAUUCAAAAGUCGUCAGGAAGAAACGGUUAGUUUGCUCAGCUGGAAAAAAGAAAAAGAAAGAAAGAAAGUUUUAUUAUUAUUAUUAUUAUCAUCAUCGUUGUUGUUGUUGUUAUUAUUAUUAUUUCCCUUUUCUUUCCCUAUCCACCGUAAGUGCCCGGGGGAGGGAGUAUUUGUUGCUUCUGAUUGGAGAGGUGGUGGGCCCAGCUUUAUUAGUGUGUCUGGGCCGUCCUUUCUUUCUGUCUCUUUUGCGUGGGUAGAUUGAAGUUUUUGUAAAAUCCAACUCUCCACUUUUUUUUCUUUUUUUUCUUUUUUUAAAAUUUUAUUUCUUGUGAUUUGUUAUCAUGACAAUAGUUAGUAAAUAUGUUGUUCGGAAUAAAAUGGUGAGUGGAAAGUAGAGAGUCA